AUGUCAGGCACACCGCCGGCGGAACUGACAGAAGCGGGAGCAGCAGCCACUGCCUCCGCAAGCCUUCAGCUCGGAUCAGCUGAUUGGUUCGAAACCGUCGAUCUGUGUGCUUUGAACCAAUCCCAAGACCCGAGACCACCAGGAUCUAUUUGGAUUCCAUGGAUCCCACAACCUGAAGACGAUCCUGAAGAGGCGUGUCAAGGAUUUGGGAUCAACCAAGUGCCUGAUUUAGAGCCAGCAUCUCCCCAGAGGACAAGAUCUACAGCAUUUACAACGCUUUCCUCCACUCCAGAGCAUUUUCCUGUUUUCACGAACAAGAAGCUUGGUCGUUCCGCUUCUCCUUUCAAAAGUGACGCACUGAAGCGAGUGAAGCGCGAUGUCAAAAGCGAGCCACGCGCAACCAACGGUGUCUGCGACAGUUAUACGUAUUAUUCGACGCCACCAGCUCUACAAAGAAGAAGUCCCACAUGUCCAGCGGCACCUUACAAAGCACGGACACGGAGCAUCGUGAAGCUAACCCAGGCAUCGUCGAUUGACCUGAGCAUACAGCAUCGGUGGUAG